GAAUACUUUAUAACAAUUUCAAAAAUUACAAAAUAAUCUUUAUUAGAGAUUUUUAAACUUUUGCAUGACGUCUAUGGAAAAGUUAGUGAAUUAACAACAAAAGUCGAUCGCUUCAAUAUGGAAAUGAUUUCUGUAAGGAACGAGGUUACUUCCAUAAAAGCUAAAGUUUACGGAGAAAUAUCCAUUGAGCGUGAAAUAGUUCCUCGCUCUCCUUUCUCAACUUUAGAAGAAAUUAAUAACCUUGAAGAAAAACUUAAGAACGAAGAAGUAUUUAAAAAAUUUGUUCAUGAAAUUUGCACCAAUGGAGAGAAGUCGUACGAUAAAUUUAUAAGAAGCUCGUGGCGGUCAUUGUUUGAAGACACGUUAGCGCAGCAGUUUUCAUGGCGUGGGACAGGGGCAAAAAAAUGCAUAAGAGGGAUGAAUUUGGCCUUGGCAAUUUGA